CUCGCUGGAACCAAUAUCCAAAUUAUCCAUGGCGUCUGCGACCGCAACUACUCUUCUCUUCCACAACGUCGCUUCUCGAGUCGCCGCUCGUAGACGCUGUCAAGCGACUAUAACGUGCGGACCAAAGCCCUUUCUUUCCUUCCGCGCUUUACGUGGCUCCACUGCGCCGUUCUGGCCUUCAUUGAGGGCUAAAUCCGAUGGUUUGGCUCGGGCGUACGUCACCGGACCGCCGCCAAUCGUGGGCGAACCAGACCCAAAGAUUGAUGGAUCCAAAUCUGAGUCCGAGAAUGACAGAUCGAAGGACUUAAUCAGAUGGGGGCUUCUGUGGAGCUUGAUGAACAAGCACAAGCUCAGGCUCGUUGUUUGUCUAUUGACUCUCGUUGGCUGUAGCACUUGCACUCUCUCGAUGCCUGUUUUUUCUGGUAGAUUCUUUGAAGUGCUGAUUGGUGUGAGACCGGAGCCUCUGUGGCGGCUGCUGAGCAAAAUCGCAGUUUUGUAUUCUUUGGAACCAAUCUUCACUAUUGCUUUUGUAACCAACAUGAAUGCUAUAUGGGAAAGCGUUCUGGCAACACUAAGAGCUCAGAUUUUCAAAAGGGUUUUGAUCCAGAAGGCAGAGUUUUUCGACAAAUAUAAGGUAGGAGAGCUGACGGGGCUGCUCACGUCUGAUCUCGGUGCUCUGAAUAGCAUUGUGAAUGAUAACAUCUCGCGAGAUCGUGGAUUUAGGGCAUUUUCUGAGGCAAGCCAUUUCUUUACUAUGCAAAAAAUAGUAUUCUUGUUGCAUCUCAACAAUGCCCAGUUCUUAUGGCUUCAUGUUUUUGGAACAAUAUGCAUUUUGUUCACUUUGUCUCCUCAACUUGCACCUGUGCUUGGUCUAUUGAUGCUCGCUGUGUCAGUGUUAGUUGCUGUGUACAAGAGAUCGACUGUUCCUGUAUAUAAAGCACAUGGAUUAGCCCAAGCAACCAUGUCUGAUUGUGUAUCAGAAACGUUAUCCGCAAUCAGAACCGUCAGAUCAUUCAGUGGUGAAAAACGACAGAUGUCUCUCUUUGGUAGUCAGAUUCUUGCUUACCAGCGUAGUGGCUUAAAGCUUGGUACCUUCAAAUCUAUAAAUGAAUCUAUCACAAGAGUUGCUGUUUAUAUCUCUCUGUUAGCUCUUUACGGUCUUGGGGGAAGCAAGGUGAAGACGGGUGAGCUUGCUGUUGGAACAGUCGUCUCAUUCAUUGGAUACACAUUUACUCUUACCUUUGCUGUCCAAGGGCUUGUAAACACGUUUGGAGAUCUACGUGGAACGUUUGCUGCUAUCGACAGGAUCAAUUCCAUUUUGAAUGCGGUGGACAUAGACGAGGCUCUUGCCUACGGGUUAGAAAGAGACAUACAUACGAAGAAAGUCCAAGAUGAAAACCUUAGGUUGUUCUUGUCUUCUGGUCCUGAUGUGAAUAUCCGUCACCUCGACAAAUACUACAUGUCAGGUCUAAAAUCAAGUAACAAUCUGCGUACCCUAACAUGGGCCGGAGAUGUCUGUCUUGACGAUUUGCAUUUUGCUUAUCCUCUACGACCCGACGUGAAAGUUCUUGAUGGGUUCAGUUUGACGUUGAACUCUGGUACCGUGACUGCUCUUGUUGGCUCUAGUGGUGCGGGGAAAAGUACUAUUGUACAGUUAUUGGCACGCUUCUAUGAGCCAACACAAGGACGCAUUACGGUGGCUGGAGAGGAUGUGAGGAUGUUUGACAAGAGUGAAUGGGCUAAGGUUGUUUCAAUUGUGAAUCAGGAACCCGUUCUGUUUUCUCUCACUGUGGCCGAGAAUAUUGCAUAUGGUCUCCCCAAUGAUCAUGUGUCCAAGGACGACAUCAUCAAGGCAGCCAAAGCUGCCAACGCUCAUGAGUUCAUAAUCUCACUUCCUCAGGGAUACGAUACACUGGUUGGUGAACGAGGAGGCUUGCUUAGCGGAGGACAGAGACAGAGAGUUGCCAUAGCCAGAUCUCUGCUGAAGAACGCCCCCAUCUUGAUUCUUGAUGAGGCCACGAGUGCGCUUGAUGCAGUGAGCGAGCGUUUGGUCCAGAGUGCGUUGAACCGUCUGAUGAAAGACAGGACAACAUUAGUGAUCGCUCACAGGUUGAGCACAGUCCAGAGCGCCCAUCAGAUCGCUGUGUGCUCCGAUGGGAAGAUCAUAGAGCUUGGGACCCAUUCUGAAUUGGUGGCCCAAAAGGGAUCAUAUGCUUCACUUGUUGGCACUCAGAGGCUGGCCUUUGAG